AUGAAGUACAUCAGCGUUCUUCUUUCCGCCCUGAUGGGCAUCAUGCUCUCUGCAGCUGUUCCUGCCGCCGACGCCCUCGAUGAUUCCAUGGCCGAUUACGCCAUUGUGGACAUCGAGUGGAACGUUCGAGCCAGCCCUGACCGCAACGACACUGUCAUCGGCACGAUCCAGGAUGUCGUCAAGCACCUCUCAAUCGUUGAUCCUGUGGGCUUCGCCGCCCUAAACAAGUCCAUCAACGACGCCAGCGAUGACGGCCCCUCUCACCACUCGUACAACAUUCUGAACAUGUACAACCCUACUGAUUACUACUGCAACAUCUACAAUGGAAUGGCAGAUGGGCCGGCCAUCAAGACAGGAAUCAAAUACCUGCGCCACGUUGACGGCACUCCAGGCCAGGGUCCAGGUCCGAGUACCUGUGGCCGCGUGAGUUGCUCUUGGGAUUCGGCAAUCUGGUGGUGCAACCAUAACAACGAGAGUAUCGGGCUAGACAGCUAUACCCGAAUCGCAGAUGGUGCCCAGAACCUGGUUGACAGCUGUGCCUUUGCCCAAGACGACAAUACCCCGGGCGAUUUCAAUGGAGAGCAGGUUUUUGAAGGAGGAUGGGCUGUCGUUGUGAGAAAGAACAUCGGCUGUUAG